GAUGUAACUCCCACAAGACAAUUUGACAGUCAGACAAAUGCAAUUCCGGUCACACAUCAAUACAGUUUUACCUGUGAAGAUUCCUCUCUUUGAGGCAAAUCACCAACAGGUCCGAGAGGAUGAGCUGGAAACACUUUCUUCAGGUCCUAUGGCUUGCGCUUCCCCUCUCACUGGCUGAGAAAUUCACAGUCAGUGGCCCGGCCCUCCCUGUCUCAGCCAUUGCUGGUUCGGAUGUUGUCCUGGACUGUAAGUGUUCCACAGACCUGCCCCUAGAGGGUGUGGAAGUGAAGUGGUUCAGGACAAGAUAUGACUCCCCAGUGCAUUUAUACAAGGAGGGACGUCAUCAACUGCAGAAGCAGAAAGAAACCUACAGAGGCAGAACACAACUGUUUGUGGAGGAGUUUAUCAAUGGCAAUGUGUCUCUCAGACUGGAAGAUGUGCGGGUGUCAGACCACGGAGAGUACACGUGCUUCGUUGAGUACUCUGAAUGGUAUGAAGAGGCAGUGAUGGAGUUGAAUGUUAUUGACGACUUCUUUCCCAAAAUGCCAGUGAGUUUGAUGGUUUCCUCACUGCUCUUAGGACUUGCCAUAAUGGUGCUGAGUGUUCUUGUCGGCUACAGUAUAAAACAGCAUCGAGAAAUCAAAGACCUUCAGAAAAGACUGGAGCGGAGAAAGUUCACCCCCUACGCAGUUACAGUCACUCUGGAUCCUGACACAGCCCAUCCUCAGCUCAUCCUGUCUGACGACCUGAUCAGUGUGAGAGUUGGAGAUGAACAGCAGCAGCUCCCGGACAUCCCGGAGAGGUUCAUUAACUGGCCAUUUGUGCUGGGAUCUGAGGGCUACAUGUCGGGGGGACAUUACUGGGAGGUGCAGGUGGGCAACAAGACUGACUGGAUUGUGGGAGUAGCCAGAGAGUCGGUGGACAGAAAAGAACCCAUCACAGAGGGUGGAGUCUGGUGUGUGUGUCUGAUGGGUGUGGUCUAUUAUGCUCUGACCUCCCAUCGUACCUGUCUGACCCCGAGAGAGAGACCCGGGAAGGUCGGAGUGUUCCUGGACUAUGAGGGGGGACAGGUGUCAUUUUACAACGCUGACAACAUGGCUCAUCUCCACACUUUCACCCAAACUUUCACUGAGAAACUUUAUCCUCUGUUCAGUCCCUGGUAUAAUGAGGACGGAGGAAACUCUGAGCCGCUGACAAUCUGCUCAGUGAGAGCUUAAUAAGAUGGAAAACCCUCAGCCAUUCACUAGAUUGAUAAGCGGUGGGUGAAAAUAUUCUCGGGGAGAUGAGUGGGACUGUUCCCCUUAAGACGGAUGUGAUCUCUGUGCCAUCAUCAAAGAUGGGUUCUCCUCCCUCUUCACCACUGACUCCGAGGUCCAUCGGCCAAUCAGAGCUCAUGAUGUCCAGACGAGCAGCCGUUGACAAGUUAGGUGAAGGGCAAGAGGGGCCCAUGUGUUGGGGACGUUGAGGAGACUGACUGUGGUCUUCCUCAGGGCUUUUUCCUCCCAGCUCCCCUUAAACAGGUGACGGUAAUAGGUUGUGGGAGGAGGGUGGGAGGAGGGGGGUAUGGGUGCUGAGACCCUCGAGCACUCGUAACCCGCUGUCUACACAGAGCUUUACUUGUUUUUUCUUAUUAAUAAUAAUCAAUCCUUGUGUCUCCCUUUGUGAUUGCUUUUGAUGACUAUAUUCAUUUUAAUACCUUUUAUCUGUUUAUGUAAUUAAACAAUGAAUCACAAGAUGAUUAUUAAUGAUAACAAUAAUCCUUGCAUUUCAUAUAGGGCCUGAUAACA